AUGUCUACUGGAGCCUCGGGCACUGCAGUCAUGUCUACUGGAGCCUCGGGCACUGCAAGUCAUGUCUACUGGAGCCUCGGGCACUGCAAGUCAUGUCUACUGGAGCCUCGGGCACUGCAAGUCAUGUCUACUGGAGCCUCGGGCACUGCAAGUCAUGUCUACUGGAGCCUCGGGCACUGCAAGUCAUGUCUACUGGAGCCUCGGGCACUGCAGUCAUGUCUACUGGAGCCUCGGGCACUGCAAGUCAUGUCUACUGGAGCCUCGGGCACUGCAGUCAUGUCUACUGGAGCCUCGGGCACUGCAAGUCAUGUCUACUGGAGCCUCAGGCACUGCAAGUCAUGUCUACUGGAGCCUCAGGCACUGCAAGUCAUGUCUACUGGAGCCUCGGGCACUGCAAGUCAUGUCUACUGGAGCCUCAGGCACUGCAAGUCAUGUCUACUGGAGCCUCGGGCACUGCAAGUCAUGUCUACUGGAGCCUCAGGCACUGCAAGUCAUGUCUACUGGAGCCUCGGGCAACUGCAAGUCAUGUCUACUGGAGCCUCGGGCACUGCAAGUCAUGUCUACUGGAGCCUCGGGCACUGCAAGUCAUGUCUACUGGAGCCUCGGGCACUGCAAGUCAUGUCUACUGGAGCCUCGGGCACUGCAAGUCAUGUCUACUGGAGCCUCGGGCACUGCAAGUCAUGUCUACUGGAGCCUCAGGCACUGCAAGUCAUGUCUACUGGAGCCUCGGGCACUGCAAGUCAUGUCUACUGGAGCCUCAGGCACUGCAAGUCAUGUCUACUGGAGCCUCAGGCACUGCAAGUCAUGUCUACUGGAGCCUCGGGCACUGCAAGUCAUGUCUACUGGAGCCUCGGGCACUGCAAGUCAUGUCUACUGGAGCCUCGGGCACUGCAAGUCAUGUCUACUGGAGCCUCGGGCACUGCAAGUCAUGUCUACUAA